AUGGCGUUCCAAACACCAAACCCCAACCCAUAUUACGGCGACAAACUGUUUAGAAACGAUCGAACGCCAAACGACGUGCUAGACGCCCUUCUCAGGGCGUUGGCGCAAUAUAUAGCCAACGAGAUAGACGAUAAAUCGGACACCGCUCUGACUCCCCGCAAGUUAGCAGCCUACUACCGCGCCGCGGGUGGUAAUCAGGAUGGCUUCUUUCUUGAGAAACCAAACAAUGCGAUAUCUUACACCUUUACCAUGGCAGGUUGCCAGCACACCUUGCAACCCGUACCGAACGAUGACUUUCAGCCCCCUUGCAUACCAGCGCUGACUAUAUCUGGCUUUGUGCGAUGGCAGUGCUACCAGUUGUUGCUCGCACCCUCUCUCCAUGUCCCAGUUAUCCAGUACGCGGUCGAUAACUGGGGUUUAAAACAUCCCAGAACCGGAGAACCCUUUCCCGCGCCGCUGCCUGCAAUGGCCUUCCCAACCGAGCCGGAUGAGCUAACAAAGAAGUGGUUCGAGGACAAGUCUGAGAACCUGCGACGCCAACAUGCACUGAUGGAAGCGGCAUCCGAGCCGCGCCCUAGGGAUGGCCCGGAGCGGAAGCCUGAGCCAGUCCCAGAGCCCAGGAUGAAGACAAAGUCGGCAAGCUCUUCGGGCGCAUCCCGGUCCUCUCCGAGACAGACAAGGCACGCGCACGUCAGCAGUGAGGACUCCUCGGAUGAAGGUGAACCCAUCAGGGGCAGGAGGAGUGAACGAUCCCGUGGUGCGGGUGGUGUGAAUUAUGUUCGCCCGGCCCAGCGACGGCAACCCGAGCCGCUCUUCUCACAACCCGGAUUUGAAGACAACCGCACCCCUCGCGGACGCCAGAGCCAUUCAAACCCGGCUUCGCCAUUAGGUCGCAGGCCUGGCGACAACACGAGGUAUAGGCCUCCCACGAAGAAACUGAGCCAGCCAAAGAUGAACCCAAUCAUCCAUUCAUCCGACACCGAGUCAUCGAGCCCAAAACCUCGUUCAAGGGCUGCCGUGGGGAGCGACCCUGCGCUCCAUAAACUGCCAAUGAGGUCAUCUGUGCGCCAUGUUCAACCUGGCUACGCAUCGCCUCGCCGUGGCUACUCCCCCAAUACAAAUCUCCGGCCUCCGCCCGAACGGCACGAUGACAGACGGAAGAGCUUCCCUUUGAGGGCGUCAAGGAUAAGUUGA